GGAGAGAAGAUGGAGGAGGGCACCAGCGCCGGCGGCGGGGACGGAGAGCGGCUCCUCACUGUCAAGCACGAGCUGCGGACGGCUAAUUUAACAGGGCAUGCAGAGAAGGUGGGAAUUGAAAAUUUUGAACUCCUGAAGGUUCUAGGAACAGGAGCUUAUGGGAAGGUGUUCCUGGUCCGUAAAAUAAGUGGCCAUGAUGCUGGGAAGUUGUAUGCCAUGAAAGUUUUGAAAAAAGCAACGAUAGUUCAAAAAGCCAAAACAACAGAACACACAAGGACGGAACGACAAGUACUGGAACAUAUUAGGCAAUCGCCUUUUUUGGUCACGUUGCAUUAUGCUUUCCAAACAGAGACGAAACUUCAUCUCAUUUUAGAUUAUAUAAAUGGUGGAGAACUUUUUACUCACCUUUCCCAGAGAGAACGAUUCACAGAAAAUGAGGUACAGAUCUAUAUUGGAGAAAUUGUGCUUGCUCUUGAACAUCUCCACAAGUUGGGGAUUAUAUACCGUGAUAUUAAACUUGAGAAUAUUCUACUUGAUUCUAAUGGCCAUGUGGUACUGACAGAUUUUGGCCUGAGUAAGGAGUUCCUUGCUGAUGAAAAUGAAAGAGCGUAUUCCUUUUGUGGAACCAUAGAAUAUAUGGCACCAGAUAUUGUCAGAGGGGGAGAUACAGGACAUGACAAGGCAGUUGACUGGUGGAGUUUAGGUGUUCUAAUGUAUGAGUUAUUAACUGGAGCAUCUCCUUUUACUGUUGAUGGAGAGAAAAAUUCCCAAGCAGAGAUAUCUAGGAGAAUAUUAAAAAGUGAACCUCCAUAUCCCCAAGAAAUGAGCACAUUGGCUAAAGAUAUAAUUCAACAUCUGUUGAAGAAAGAUCCCAAGAAACGAUUAGGCUGUGGUCCACGUGAUGCUGAUGAAAUCAAAGAGCAUCUCUUCUUUCAGCAAAUAAAUUGGGAAGAUUUAGCUGCCAAAAAAAUGCCAGCACCAUUUAAACCAGUAAUCCGAGAUGAAUUGGAUGUCAGUAAUUUUGCCGAGGAGUUUACAGAAAUGGAUCCCACAUAUUCUCCCGCAGCCCUGCCUCAGAGUUCAGAAAGGGUAUUUCAGGGAUAUUCUUUUGUUGCUCCUUCUAUCUUAUUCAAGCGUAAUGCAGCCAUAAUAGACCCUCUUCAGUUUCAUAUGGGAAUUGAACGUCCAGGAGUGACAACUAUUGCCAGAAGUGCAAUGAUGAAGGACUCUCCAUUUUAUCAGCAUUAUGAUUUGGAUCUGAAAGAUAAACCACUGGGAGAAGGAAGUUUUUCCAUUUGUAGAAAGUGCUUACAUAAGAAAAGUAACCAAGAAUAUGCAGUCAAAAUCAUAAGCAAAAGAAUGGAAGCCAACACUCAGAAAGAAAUAGCUGCUUUGAAACUCUGUGAAGGCCAUCCCAACAUAGUGAAAUUGCAUGAAGUUUAUCAUGAUCAGCUUCACACAUUUCUAGUGAUGGAACUAUUGAAUGGUGGUGAGCUGUUUGAACGGAUUCAGAAGAAAAAACACUUCAGUGAGACUGAAGCCAGUUCCAUCAUGCGGAAGCUUGUUUCAGCUGUAAGCCACAUGCAUGAUGUGGGAGUAGUACACAGAGAUUUAAAACCAGAGAAUUUAUUGUUCACUGAUGAAAAUGAUAAUUUGGAAAUAAAAAUAAUUGAUUUUGGAUUUGCACGCUUAAAGCCACCUGAUAAUCAGCCUCUCAAAACACCGUGUUUCACUCUUCAUUAUGCUGCUCCGGAGCUCUUAAAUCAUAAUGGCUAUGAUGAGUCCUGUGAUCUCUGGAGCUUAGGAGUCAUUUUAUAUACAAUGCUGUCAGGACAGGUACCCUUUCAGUCUCAUGACAAAAGUUUAACAUGUACCAAUGCAGUGGAAAUUAUGAAGAAAAUUAAAAAGGGAGAUUUCUCUUUCGAAGGAGAAGCCUGGAAGAAUGUAUCGCAGGAGGCCAAAGACUUAAUUCAAGGACUUCUUACUGUGGAUCCAAAUAAAAGACUCAAAAUGUCUGGCUUGAGAUACAAUGAAUGGCUUCAAGAUGGCAGCCAGCUAUCCUCAAAUCCUUUGAUGACUCCAGAUAUCUUAGGGUCCUCAGGAGCUGCUGUACACACUUGUGUAAAAGCAACUUUUCACGCCUUUAACAAGUACAAGAGGGAAGGCUUUUGCCUCCAAAAUGUUGACAAAGCACCUCUUGCAAAGAGAAGGAAGAUGAAGAAGACCAGCACGAGUACGGAAACACGUAGCAGUUCAAGCGAAAGUUCUCAUUCUUCUUCCUCUCAUUCUCAUGGGCAUACGGUGCUAAGUGGAUGGACCCACCAUGAAUCCUGAAAAAUAGCUGAUUAACGUGGGCGGCAGAGGCCACAGCAGCCAUCAAGGCGAACACCUACUGGGAUAUGGCGCUACGGCCCAACACUGGAUAUGCUGCAGUCACUUUGGUCGUAAAUGGGUCCCACAUAUAAAUAAAAAAAGGCUUUGCAUGCACUCUGCGAUGUGCUGCUCCCCUGCCCACCUCUUGACUUGUUGCACUCUAGUGGGAAGAGUACCGGCAGGGGCAAGAGAGUACAAAUGGCGGUACGCAAAUCAUUAGCACGAAAUCAAUCGUUUUGGGCAGAUUCUUCAUCUGGUAGUCUCAAGACAGCAUUGUCAUCGUCAUCAUCAUCACCAUAGAAGAUUGCUGAAAUCUCCCAAGGAUUCUGUGGUCAAUUUCAUAUGUGAAAUAAGAUGUCACACAUGAGAAAAAAGUUUAAUUUAUUUUUUUCUGUUUUGUGGUUACACCCGAUGACAACCUGCUAGUGUUCACCAUUUUUUGAAAUGGAAAAAAGGAUGCAAAUGUUAGAUCCCUUAGACUUGUGUUUGGGAUUUCUGCAAAAUGCAUGCCAAGAUAUGUAAGUUUUUAUUUUGCACUGCAUUGUCCUAGCAACUUAUUAGUUAUUGUAAAAUAAUAGAGCAUAUUUAUCUCUUUUUCUAAGUAAUACUGCACUUUAUGAAAGAGUGAAAAAAAACACCAGGCUGUUUUAUAAAGUGUGCUGCUUAGAGCAUAUGGCCUAUGUACUGUAUUGUCACCAUCUUUUCUUCACCUAGACUAAAUCACGCCUCACAUCCCUAUUCUACAUUGUACACAAAAAAUAGAAUAGGGCCGCUUAUAUAGUGUAAUUGUAAGUCACUAAUGCACUGAUGUGAGGAAACUAAAGGGAAAUUAUACUAAACACUGUGCUUCAUAACUGUACACUGUGUUGUACUGCAGAGAGGUAUUUCCUGCUGUGGUCAUAUAUUAUGUACAUAAUUUGUUGAGACUCAUAAA